AUGUCUUCCGAGUCCCCAGAGGCAGGCCCGUCCAACCUUGCGGUCAAACAGCGCAGAGCUCCCCGCGGUUCCGCCUGUCUCGGCUGCAAGCGACGCAAACAUAAAUGCGACGGCGGAAGACCAGUCUGUGGGCCAUGCAUCCGCUCCCACAGGGAAACAGAAUGCGAAUACCUCGACGGUCCACGACCGAGCCGCAAACAAGUCCUCGAAGACCAGAUCGCUCGCCUUCAAGAGCGGGUGCAACAAUUAGAGGAAGCCGGCGGGGGAAGCAGCCCCGGAGCCCCAGGCGACUCACCCGUACCUUCGCCUGCAUCGCCUUCCUCGGAAGGCUCCGUUCCACGAUCACAGCCACAAAGGGAUACUAGGAUGGCAGAACUGUCAAACGCCUUCGUCCGACGCUCCUCGGGCAAUCAAGGAACACCGCCUCAAACAGUCCCUGAUCCCUCCCCAGGAGUGGUACGAAUGAUUGUCAAUGCGUUCCUUGCCCACGCAGAUCAGGUCGCCUUCUUCUUGCACCGCGCGCGUUUCCUGACCAUGAUCCAGAUGGCGAUGCAGUCUCCGUCAACACCGUCGGCACUACUCGCCCCGGCGCUUACGAAUGCGGUCUAUCUGUGGGGCGUACGCUUCGCGAACACAGAGGCGAUGCUCGUCUACGAACCAGUGUUCCUGUCACGCGCGGUGCAGGCCCUCAAGCACCCGCUCGCGAACAUGUCCGCGAGCACGAUCAUUCACACCAUCCAAGCCAACGUCCUCCUCGCGAACUACCACUUCGCGAUGGGCCGCAUGCUGGAGGGCCAGCAUCACUGCAACGCCGCGGUCGCUCUGGCCUUGAGCUGCCGCCUGUACAACAUCCGGACGAUGCAGGCCCCGCAGCGCUCUGGUUCGUUCCACGCCAUGGACUUCGACUUGCCCCCGCCAAACGAUGCCAUUGAGGAGGGCGAGUGCAUACGCGCAUUCUGGCACGUCUACAUGCUCGACCAGAUGUGGUCCUUCGCGUGCAAAACCCCGUCGCGCUUUGAUGCGCCCACUGGGCCGCUGGUCGACACCCCCUGGCCUAUGGAGGCGGAUGACUAUGCCAACGGCCGCUUUCCGCCACAUAUCAUGGGCUCGCGCACUGUCGACGAGUUCCUACGCGGAAACCCGCAAAACGAUCGCGGAGGCGCCUCCCGCGCAGCCCUUUAUGCCAAGGCCGCCACGCUUGUUGGGAGGUCGACGGUGCUCUCGAUGCAGUGGUCUUCGACCGCCGCGGACCCAGAGCAGUUCGCUGCGGAGUUCGUGAAUCUCGAUAACCUAACAGAUCGCUUCAUUCACUCGCUCGCCCCCGUCGAGACCGCGCCCGAUCAGCAGACCGCGAGCAAACUGCUGCUGGUACAUACCCUAGCCUGCGUCGCGUCAAUCCAGCUGCACAAGAGCUUCCGCGAGGGAGACAUCCCGAUAGCGAACAAGGACUACGCUGCGGCGUUGAAUGUCACAGCAGCGCUGGACGCCAUCAACCCCGCGCAGGUGUCAUUCGUCAACCCCAUCCUCGCUAUCCUAUGGACGUCCGUCAGCCGAAUCUUGAUCGCUGAGAUGGUUCGAUUGCGCAGUUUAUGGGCGUCGACGUCCGUACAAGUUGCACAUAAUGACUUGCAGAUCGUCGAAGGCGAGCACUCCAGGGUCGUCGCGGCUCUAGCAACAAUCACAGCGCUGAUGUCGGCGCUGAGUCCCGGAUGCCCGCUCAUGGCAGCACAGGCCUCGAAAAUAGAACAAAUGGUCGCACAAGCGGGUUAG